AUGUCCACGCGAUUCCCCGACCGAUCAGAUUCGAGGCGAGACCGAUCGCGAUCGCCACCUUGGCGCGAGCAGAAACACCCCCGUGACGACAGAGAAUGGCGCGACAGGCCAGACUCAAAUCGUGGGUGGGGUAAUGAGCGAUCGGGACCCUCGCAGCAGCCACGCAAUAUGCGCGACCAGGUCCGACUCAAUAUGCUUCAAGAAGACCAGCAGGAGCGCGAGUGGGUCGCUCAAGAGGAUCUGUUCGUCUUGAAGCAGGCCAAGAAAAAGGCGGAAAUCCGAGUGAAGGAAGGGCGCGCAAAGCCCAUCGAUUGGUUGACGGUCACUUUACGUGUUAUUGAUCCUACGCGCGAUCCUUUGGACGAUGAGAUUGCAGACAGUGAUUUGGAUGUCGUGGAUCCAGAUGGCGUGUUUGAGGGAUUGUCGCAAACCCAACUACAGGACUUGGAAAAGGAUAUCGAUACUUUUGUGAACCUGGAAACUAACCCCCAGAACCGGGAUUUCUGGCAGACUAUGAAAGUUAUUUGCCGAGACCGCCAAAAGACUGCAACCCCGGAAGGUCGUGCGUUGAGCUCCGUUGCUGCCGAUAUCAAUAAACUCCUUCGGCCGAAGACCUACGAACAGCUUCAGAAGCUCGAAGUACAAGUGAAGCGGAAGUUGAACUCGAACGAGCCGAUCGAUACAGACUAUUGGGAAGAGUUGCUGCGCAGUCUGACCGUUUGGAAGGCCAGAGCGAGACUGAGGAAUGUGUACCAGGCCAUUAUCGAUGAGCGCGUCCGUGACUUGAGGAAGCAGCAAAAGGAAGAGGCUGAAUCGAUUCGGGAAAAACUGGCGCCCCUCGCCCCAACCAUUGAUGCGAACAUCACAAACCCUGCGGAAUUCGAAGGGCUGGACCCGGACCCAUUGCUUCAGGUUCGUGCUGAAGACAAAAGUUUAGAAAUCAUGGACGAGUCAGCGUUCCUUGAUCAUGUGGUACGUAUCAACCCGCUUCAGGUCAAUGACGGUCCCAAUGCUGAUGUAUGGCAGGCGCGUGAACGCCAGAAAAUUACUCGUAUGGGCUUUGUCCCACUGCGACAACGAAUGGCCGAGAAGUCCUCGGUGGUUGUAUCAAACACUAGCUCUGCAAAUGCCGCCGCCACUUCUACAUCUACCCGAUUCUCAUCGAUUCCCAAUGAGGACUUCUCUCAAGCUACCAAAGCGCUCUAUGAAAGAGAGCUUGCCAAGGGUGUCAGCGAGAAUGAGGAAAUCUUUACUGGCGAGGAAGCCGUCAGCACGAGCUCGCGUCCGCAGUGGGAAGGCAAGCACCGGCCUCGAAAGCCACGAUACUUCAAUCGCGUUCAAAUGGGAUAUGAAUGGAACAAAUACAACCAAACCCAUUAUGACCAUGAUAACCCGCCACCGAAGGUCGUACAAGGUUACAAAUUCAACAUAUUUUACCCGGAUUUGAUCGACAAGACCAAAGCUCCGACAUACCGAAUUGAACGCGAGAAUGGUCGCAAGCGCGGUGAGUCGUCCGCCGAGGCCGGUGAGGAAGACACAUGUCUCAUUCGGUUCACGGCUGGACCCCCGUAUGAGGACCUCGCCUUCCGCAUUGUCGAUAAAGAGUGGGACUAUAGUGCCAAACGAGAGAGGGGUUUCAAGAGUACCUUCGACAAGGGAAUUCUUCAGCUUCAUUUCCAAUUUAAGAGGAUCUAUUAUCGGAAGUAA